AUGGCGACAGUGCAGGAUCAGCAGCAGCAGCAGACGGAGUCGGGGCCGCAUGCGCAUCAUGCCGCCGACGCAGAGGCAUACGAGUCGACGCACGUGCAUGCCGUGUACGAGGCCAUCGCACCGCACUUUUCGUCAACGCGCCACUCGCCCUGGCCUCGCGUGGCCGCCUACCUGGCGGCCCAACAUGCCGGGGCCAUUGGGCUCGAUGUAGGGUGUGGCAACGGCAAGUAUCUCGAUGUCAAUCCCGCGCUGCACAUGCUGGGGUCUGACCGCAGCAACGAGCUCGUGCGCCUCGCGCGCAGUCGCGGUUCUGCUCCAAAAGACGCCCCUGCGACGCAAAAUAGCAAUACUACUGCUGAAAGAGCAGAAGAAAAAAGCAGCAGUGGCUUUAUUGCCAGCGGCACCGAGGUCGCCGUGGCCGACGGCCUUGCCCUGCCUUACCGCCUCGGCGCCUUUGACUUUGUGAUCUGCAUCGCCGUCGUGCACCAUCUCUCCACGAAGCAACGCCGCGUCGAGGCCAUCGGCGAGCUUCUCUCAAGGCUUCAACCGUCGUCACACACAUCGCCGGCAGCGGCAGGCCUCUUCUCGGAGCCAGCCGGGAGCAGCCCACCAGGCGGUAACGACAAGGACACCCCCAGAGGCGGAAGCAGCCACAACAAAGCUACUGGUCUCGUCUACGUGUGGGCUCUCGAGCAGUCGAGCAGCCGUCGUGGCUGGGACGAGGGCAGCGAGCAGGACACGCUAGUCCCCUGGGUCAUGCGGGCCAAGGGCCGACCAAACGAAACCUUCCAGCGGUACUAUCACCUCUACAAAGAGGGCGAGCUCGAGGAGGACAUUGUCGCCGCGGGCGGUGUAGUCGAGGAGAGUGGCUACGAGCGCGAUAACUGGUGGGCGGUCUUUAGCCGGCCCCAGUCGUAG